GCAUUCUCAAAGUGCUUCUCAAUCACAUAUUUCCCACUCAUAAAAUACGGACAUGAACUCCGGAUUUCGACAACCUUGAGACUUUUACCACAAUGAUAUCCGAAAUACGGAUUACUCCACAAUGAUGUUGUCGCUGGAGUGGCCUGGCCUUCCUUUCCGAGAUGGGAUGAUAACCCCUGAGCCCCGGAUUGUCUCAAUCCGGGGGCUUAAAACAUGGUCGCCCUGAGAUUUGCAACUUCAGACAACACCCGUCACAAAAAGCUUACUCCAGCAGUUUGUCCCAUAUUAUCCACCCAAAGCGCUUCCUCUAGCAAAUUACCACCAAUCGCAUUACUUCUUCGUAUUACGGUUGUCACCCAUCCGCCGUCUCAACAAAAGAUGGCUCGUCCCAUCACCACUCACGUCAUGAACACAGCCGCGGGAGAUGUGCCUGAGAUCAUCUUCCAAGCCUCAGUAGCAUAAGGGCAUUCCAGUUAAUUCCAUCUGACACUCUCGCUCAACGAGACCAUGGUAGUGAAGUGUUUCCACGAGCUGCACACCGAAUUAUGGAGAGUAAUCCAUCUCCUUCCCAACUGCACCAACAAUCGGAGAUCUCCCUCAAUAAGCUCUGCGCGCGGCUGGAACCCUGAUAACGAGGCCACCAGUACUUCGGCAGCGACCCACCCAUGGCAUACUCUCAAUAGGGCUUAAGCGAGCAAUUGGUGAUGUAUUAUUGGACAUCUACGUCGAGACUCCUCCCAAGUGGAGAAACCACGAACGCUUCAAGAAACGCCCUGUUCUCCCGGUAUGAUCUACUGUGCAUUAGAUUAUCCUGAUUUUGGAAUGUUGCCCCUUUGCAAUAGCGGCACAGGCAGAUAUGAAUUCAUUUUAUAAGUCUCUUGUUGUCACUGUCUUUAAUUUUUUAUCAUCUCAUCUUCAGUCCUUCUUUCGCUUCGAUACACAUUCUUUCGGCCUUCAGUUCUGGGGACUAUUCACUUUUACACACUCUUUAAGUGUAAUUCAAACAUUUUAGGCCGGUCCUUCUUUUAGCUAUAUACCAAUCGAACAUAUUCAAACCCCCCUUUCGGCAUCAUGAAGUACGAAAUUGCAUCCCUCAUUCUUGCCUUCUGUAGCCUCGCCUCUGCUGCACCAACUCCAGUCGCUGCAUCAAAGAAUGCAUUCUCUAUUCCUCGAGCAAUGCUCCGAGGUCGUGAAGUUCCACAGGAACACUCUCACAACCGUUUCCUGGACGGCGUCAGAGUCAACUUGAACAUAGACAACCCAGACAAGAUUCAAGACCCUGUCUUUGGUCUCCUCGGAAACGCUGCCGCCGCCACUGGUGCUGGAGCAAUUAGUACGGUUUUUAUCUUUCCAGACCCCAGUCAUACAUAUACUAACAUUUUCAAGCCAACGUUGAUUGUUUACACCAAGCCACCGCUGAUCGAGCUUUCACGAACGCAAAGGCUGCUAACAACAUUACCGGUAUGGCUGAUGCCCUUAUGUAUGCAGCCUUGGAGAGAAACACUGGAGGCGUCGGAACAAAGUCCGUUCUUUGCACAGACAAGGCCGUCAACCCAGAAAUUCAGUCUGUCCAAGCUCACCAAGAUCCUGCAUCCGAGGGUGCCGCAGAGACAAACAAAGCUAUCGUUCUCAACCUCGCCCAGCAAUUGCAAUCCAUUGGAGCCGAUCCACAAGAGGCUCUUCUCGCCGGUACAUUUGCCCCUGGAGACAAGGCUGAUAACACAGGCAAAGGAAAUACAUGUGACACUGCUGAUGAUGUUGAGGGAUGUAUCUUCAGUCAGAACUUGUUGGUAGAGGAUGCUACUGCUGCUGAAAUUACCGCAGCCAUUGCCGGACAAGCCUCUGGAUCUGGUGCAAGCAAUGGCACUGCAAGUGUUGGCAAUGGUACUGCAAAUGUUGGUAGCCCAGCUGCCACCACCACUCCUUGCACAUCUGUUUUCCCAACUGCUACCCCUGCUUCAAACAACAACAACAAGAACAACGGCAAAGCCAACGAGGGAGCAGCUGAUAACAAGGGGGCAGCAGACAACAAGGGAGCGGCAGAUAACAACGCAGCCACUGGCACCAACGUUCAAACCUUUACUGGAACCCUAGGUGGAGCUCCUCCUCCAGUCAUUUCUGGCACUGGCACCAAACCAUUCAGUGUCAAAGGUAACACUUUCGUUAACGCAGGCGCUGCUCUCCAACGAUCAUGUGCUAUCCAGAACAACGCCUGUGCCGAUGCCGUAAACUCUGGUAAGCUCACAGGAUCCGUCAGUGAUUGUGGUAAGCAAGAGGCCGAAUGUAAUGCUGCAGCCAAAUCUGGAGCCACCCCAACACCUGCAAGCAAUGAUUCUGCCGCUGCCCCAGCACCUGCAAACAAUGAUGCUGCCGAUGCCGCUGCUCCAGCUACGACUCCUUGUACAUCUGUUCUCCCAAGUGCCACACCCGCCUCUAACAACAACAAGAAUAACGAUAAGAACAACAAUGGGAACGCUGCCGCUACACCUACUCCAGUCGCUGCUACUCCGGCCGCUGGUGGUGCAAGUGGGGCUCUAGACUUUGGAUCUUGCAGCAACCCAGCUAUCAAGUUCGCUGAUGGACUUGAUGGACGUAAGGAAAAGUCUUUCCAAGCUGCCAACAACAGUGACUUCAACCACGGAAGUGCGUUGGGUAUCAAAGUCAUCUCCAGUUUCAUCUGUCAACAACUUGACUCCAAGUGCAAGGCUGAUGCUGCUACUGUUGCCGCCUGCAAUGCCGGUGACACUGCUGCUGGUAAGUUAUUCUUCAAUCACUCUGAUACUAUAAUCUCCCGGCUAAUAUUUAAAAUAGGCGCCUUGAAGGGACAGGCUGCGGCAGAUGCUUUCAACUCUGCUCUUGGUGUCUCUGCAUAAACAAGAGAACGCUUGCCUGAGUAGGGUUGGUGCAAAAGCGGAUCGGUAGAGUCAAGGGUUGGAAGAGAUGAUGGCGUUUUUUUGUAUAGACAAAGGGGUCUAUGAUGAGAUCUUUAUAUAACUUUUAACUUUGUACGACUACAGUAGUUCCGUAAGGGCACAUGGUCCUUUUAUGACAAUAGAUGCUGAAAAAUAA